AGUGGAUUCUGCCCAUCGUAAAGAAACGUCGCGAAAAUUAUGUAUAUGUACAUACCCACUUUGUUGUAUCAGUACUUCAUGAGUAAACAUUAAAGUUUAAUUAUAUAGUUGAGUUUUUAAACACCAAUGUGAUAAAUAUUUUUUUUUAUAUUGUUAUAAACCUGAUCUAGAGACAAUGACUUUAUUAAGUCUUCCAAUGCUCGUAGUUGAAAAUAUAUUUUCCUAUCUAUCUUACGAUGAAAUUGCUAAACUCAGAUUGGUGUCAAAACCAUUUAAUAAUAUAAGUAUGCGUUUGUUGAAUAGAGGUUUUUUAAUGAUUGAAAGACGACAUGCAUUGGCCCUCAAGAAUGUUAAGGCACAAUUACCACGUAGGGAAUCAGAGCGCAGAUAUCAUCCUUUGGCUCGGCACUGCGAUAUAUUGACGUCAAUAGAGACACGUAUAUCAAUGCUCAAUAUGACAUACUCCAAGUUUAUAGACAAUGGCAUCUGUUGUUUUAUACCGGGAAAGGUGAUUGAUGAAAUAAGUCGCGUACUCUACAUCGUAGAGAUAUCAAAGACGCCGCCUCGUGCUCACGAAGUCUUACAAGAGCUACGAGAUAUAUCCAGUAUGGCGAUAGAGCACUUUGACGAGAAAAUAUCGCCCGCAUUGAGACGAAAGUUACAAGAAGGUGUCGCACCACCUCCACCGAGGCCGUCUCCACCAGCUGUUAUAGCUCCAAUUGCUCUAAACCAUGAGAUACAGGCGCUCCGCCGAAGGUCGAUACUGAACGCGAGGCUGUCCCUGUACCUGGCGUCGCAAUACAAGAAAUUUCAUAAACGGAUGUUAAGUUACAAACGUAUCGCUGCACUGCAACAAAAGCAAAUAAGAAACUAUCAGAAGAAACAGAAGCAACAGGAUAACUGUAUAGCCGAACUCAAGAGGCGUAUCGAGGAAUGUGACAUAAAAUACAGUGAAUUGACACAUACGAACCAAGCGGUUGGAGGUAAAGCUACAGCUACUGAAAACUCAACAGGUACACAGCCGCUAAGGCAUUUCGGGAGUCAGAUCAAGUUGGAUUUGUCAGUUCUGCCAAUCGGUACUUCUAAGAUGAAUCAGAACAUACUAUUGCCGAACAUAAAACCGAGGAAUCCAUCGAUCAAGUUACCCAGCUUAUCAGAGGACAGGGAGCGGAGAUCAGAUCAGAACCCUGGACCGUCCACAUCGAACCAAAGUCCGAAAGGGAAGGUCUUAUCCACUAUGGCCAAAAUACGCGGCCUUACAAACGAAAUUAGAAAUUUGACAAAUAUAUCAAAAUCAAUAGAGGGUAGGUUAAAGCGUCCCUUGAGAACAGAAGACGAGGAGGUACUAUCGAAAAAAUUGAAACAAGAUUAAUUCACUUGUAUUAAUAAAUAUUUAGACCAGACAUGUAUUUUUCUUUUAAAAAGUCUAUAUAAUUAUAUAGAUUCUAUAUAAUUUCUGGUUGUAUUGAAAACGAAUCUUAGAUACUCUGAAUGAUUUAAACAUUAGACCCAAGUUUUGUUUCGUUUUGUCUUAGACAAUUUGUAUAAAAGUAAAAAAUAGUAAAGUAACAGUGGAUUUCCCACUGCUGGGCUAAGGCUUACUCUCCCUUUUGAGGAAAAAGUUUUGGAGCUUAUUCCACCACGCUGCUCCAAUGCGUGUUGGUACAAUACACAUGUGGUAGAAUUUUAAUGAAAUUAGACAUGCAGGCUUCCUCACGAUCCUUCAUCGUCAAGCACGAAUUGAAUUAUAAAAUUUGUAUAGCAUUACAUUUAUUUAUUUAAUAAGUAUAUAAUAAACACAAUGUAGUGGAAAAUGUAGUAUUUUAAUGUUGCAACAUUUUACUAAUAAACUGUUUUAUAUGUCUUCAUAUUUAUUGUUUUCAUGUAUUUAAAUAACUUAAUAUAUAUAAUUAUUAUUUACUUGCACUAUUAUAACGUAGCUUUUCACCCGACAAACAUUUAGAAAAUAUAUUGUGUUGCCAUAUGAAAAUACUCUCGGACUUUAAGAUUAAAAUUUCUUUUAUGUAAUUUAAUUGAUAAGAAAUCCGCCUUCUUUUAUUCUGUAGCGAUUUAUUCAUACUUAUUAGCAUAUAAGAAUUUUAUGUAAUUUUAAAUUUAUAAACGUCAUUCGUAUUGUAUUAACAGAGUUCAUUAUUUUCUGGAUAUUUUAAGACUUAUCGCUUUGGUGCUUUAGAGAAAAAAAAAAACGUAUAUGAGUUUAAAUAACUAAAAUUAUCUUAGAUUGUAUGUAUAUCUAUUAUUUAUAUACAAAAAUUAUGUGUCAACAAAUCUUAAUCUGACGCUCGAAAUCUUACGCUGUACCGAGCGCUAAGAUGUUUACACAUCAAAAAUAAUUUCCACAUAUAUAUAUAAUACAGUUGUUUCUAGAACAAUUAUUUGUAAAUGUUAUAGAAGAGAAAAAAUUCUAGAUCAAACGUUAUAUCUAGAAACGUUCUCAAAUUACUUUCUCGACGUUAGGGCUUAAAUAACUUCUAGCUUAAACAAUUUUCAAUUAAAAUAAAUAUUUUGUUAUAGUAAAUGCAUGAUUAUCGUUAAUAAAUAAGCUAAUAAAGUAAAUAUUUAAAUGUAACUGCCAGAUAAUUUACUAAAAUAUGCAAUAUCGUGCCAACUUCGAAUAAAAUGUGAAUCACUACUGAGUAUUA